CAGUGAGCGACUGUGUGUGUGUAGAGAUUUCGUGAAGAGAUGGAGAGACCUCAACUUCCCAGCUGCACACUGAGAUAGGGUUUAUGGGCAAAAAAGCUAAACAGAUCAAAAGUUACUAAAGUAACAGUAAAAUGUGUUGUCACAUUUUCAAAAUGUUAAGCUGCAUUAGAAGUUUAAAAAUGAGUAAGUAGUAGAGCCUUCUGUAAAAGAAAAAUAAAUAAGUAAUAAAAAUUGAUGGCAAGAAGAAUUUGACAGCUGACAUGUGUCAUUGUAAGGAUAUUGAUAUUUGGGAUUUACAUCCAUUAAGCAUUUUGAAUAAAUCCAAGGAAUGUACGUUUACAUUUGUAUAUGUCAUCAGUGAAAUGUAAGAAACUGAAACUGAAAGGCACUGCAGGAUUUAAAAUUCAUGUAUAUAUAUAUUAUAAAAAGGAUAUUUGUAUUAUUUACGCAUUAUUUAUUUUGUUAGGUCCGGUGUAAUGUAAUUAUUGUAACACAUUUUCCUCCUAAGGGAAGUUAAGGCCAAUCAAGAACGAGUCCUUAAGGAAAACAAACGCUGUGAUUGGCUGAGACGCUGCAUCGGUUUCAAGGCGCCCUGCGUUCUGCUGGAAGGUCUUGUGAAUGAAGGGGGCGCCUGAAAACCGGUGGAAUCCACGCGCAGUGAGGAGAGCGAGCCUCUGGACUUCCAACUGCUCAGCAUGCGAACCGACGAUCUGUUGGAAGUCAAAUCGAAAAACGAUGGAAAUUUAAUCAUUUUUAAGUUUAGAACGUGUCUUAUUUUGCGCAAAAGUAACUUGGACUACGCGUCGAACUCGCUGGAAUAACUUUGGUUUGCAAAACUUGAAGAAAAUGGGACUUUGAAUGUCGGGAUUCAGAGUGGGCUGCUUGGAGUCACUUACAAAGACCAUCAAGAAGUCAUGACACGGGGGAGGUUUCACUCGGAUUUAUCCUCAUAAAACACGAGGAACGGACGACUACCGGCAUUUAAACUCGAAGUACUCGGACCACAUGCAAAGUUUUGCGACAUUUUACGUAGAUUUCUCCCACUUUUUUAAUCCUUUUUAAAGUUGCCCGACUCGGAUCAAAGUUUUUUCUUCCCUCCCCCCACUUCUCAUUUUCAACUAUGGCGGCGGCCAGGUCCACCACUGGCUCCGUGUUACUGCGGCUCAUGUGGCUGGUGUGUGGGCUGUCCCUGUCGUCCACCUCUGCCCAGAAUUACAACAGCGAAAGCGGAAUAUCUGUGCCAGAACACGGGUUCUGCCAACCCAUCUCCAUCCCGCUUUGCACCGACAUCGCCUACAACCAGACCAUCAUGCCGAACCUCCUGGGCCACACGAACCAGGAGGACGCCGGGCUCGAGGUGCACCAGUUCUACCCGCUGGUUAAGGUGCAGUGUUCCGCGGACCUCAAGUUCUUCCUCUGCUCCAUGUACGCGCCCGUGUGCACGGUACUGGAGCAGGCCAUCCCCCCGUGUCGGACCCUGUGUGAGCGCGCGCGCCAGGGUUGCGAAGCCCUUAUGAAUAAGUUUGGCUUCCAGUGGCCGGAGAGGCUCCGCUGCGAGGCUUUCCCCGUCCACGGAGCCGGUGAGAUCUGCGUCGGCCAGAACACGUCCGAACCCAGCAGCCCGUCCUCGUCCUCGCCCUUUGCACCAGAACUUGUUACCCUCCCCCCAAACAUGGGUCGACCGAACCAACGCCCUUCCCAAAACAACCAGUACCACCAGUUCUCCUGCCCUCUGCAGUUGGAAGUGCCUCCCUACCUGGGCUACCGAUUUAUGGGGGUCAACGACUGCGGUGCCCCCUGUGAGCCCACCAAACCCACCGGCAUUAUGUAUUUCCAGGAGGAUGAGGUGAAAUUCGGCCGGCUGUGGGUUGGCAUCUGGUCCAUCUUGUGCUGUGUGAGCACCCUGUUCACGGUGCUCACCUAUCUAGUAGACAUGAGGCGGUUCAGAUACCCCGAGAGGCCCAUCAUCUUCCUUUCCGGCUGUUAUUUCAUGGUGGCGGUGGCCUACGCUGCUGGCUUUUUCCUGGAGGACAAAGUUGUCUGUGUGGAUAAAUUCAAAGAAGACGGCUACAGAACGGUGGCCCAGGGGACUAAAAAGGAGGGCUGCACCAUCCUCUUCAUGGUGUUGUACUUUUUCGGCAUGGCCAGCUCCAUCUGGUGGGUGAUUCUGUCCCUGACCUGGUUCCUCUCUGCCGGAAUGAAAUGGGGCCACGAGGCGAUCGAAGCUAACUCCCAGUACUUCCACCUGGCCGCGUGGGCCGUCCCGGCCAUCAAAACCAUCACCAUCCUCGCCAUGGGCCGGGUGGACGGCGACGUCCUGACCGGGGUGUGUUUCGUCGGGAUCUUCAACGUGGACGCCCUGCGCGGCUUCGUCCUGGCGCCGCUUUUUGUCUACCUGUUCAUCGGCACGUCCUUCCUCCUGGCCGGCUUCGUGUCCCUGUUCCGGAUCCGCACCAUCAUGAAGCACGACGGCACCAAGACGGAGAAGCUGGAGAAGCUGAUGGUGCGGAUCGGGGUGUUCAGUGUGCUCUACACGGUCCCGGCCACCAUUGUGAUCGCGUGUUACUUCUACGAGCAGGCCUUCAGGGAGCACUGGCAGCGGACCUGGCACAUGCAGACCUGCAAGCGGUUCGCCGUACCCUGCCCGGUUCACAACUUCGCCCCCAUGACCCCGGACUUCACCGUGUUCAUGAUCAAGUACCUGAUGACCAUGAUCGUCGGGAUUACCUCGGGUUUCUGGGUCUGGUCCGGGAAGACGCUUCAAUCCUGGCGGAGGUUCUACAAGCGCCUUAGCAACGGUAACCACGGGGAGACGACGGUGUAAAGUUUCGAGGGAGAAAAGGCACAAAGCAAACGGUGUUUUGGAUUCAAUAACCAUGUCAAUGAGGUCAAAUAGCUUUCAUUUUUAUUAUUACUAUUUUGGUCAUUUAAUUUUUUUUCUAGGUUGUGACAGCGUUUCUGGCUUCUGGUCACUCAACCAAACUUUGAUCUAUAUUUGAUAGAAGUUGGAUUUUUUUUUUUAUUGUAUAUUUCCAUGGUCAUCAUCAGAGCCCACAAUACUGGUUUUUACAUUUUUGGAUCACAAACUGGUGCAAAUGGCCAUACUGGUUCAUGGACUGUAAUGCCUGACUGGUGUGGUUGCUUUUGAUAUGAAACUUCCUAUUAUUGAUUUAUAUCCUCAGUAUCACAAUUUUAAUGUAACGUUACUUCUUGUCCACUCCGGUGAGUUUCUCACCACAACUGAAAAGACUAAUGUGUGAAGAAGCAUGGCCUUCUGUCCAUGCUGCAGCAAAGAGGUCAAAGGUUGUGGGUCACUACAGCCGCCACUGACUGAAUUCACUCAAUACAAACACCUGGAUUUUACGUUUUAAGUCACGCUCGUUUCAGUUCGAGACAGAAAUGCUUUAAUAUGUGUGUGCGAAGUCAGAGUAUAAUCUCGCUGGUUUUAACCUGAGAAAUAAUCCAUCAACUCGUGACUCCACGCUAUUCUGCGUCAAGUGGCUUCCUAGUAAUCUAAACUUUUAUUUCUUAUUUUUUUCAGACUGUCAAGUAUAUUGUAUUGAAUUUUCACUCCGAAGGUGAAUGAAGUUAUGUAUUGGUUUGCACAGCUAUUGUAAAGGUUAAAAGUGUUUAAAAAUGACUCAAUUCAAACUGUUAAAGAGACCACACACACACAGGCCCACACUCUCUGCAGUGAAGACACAACAGCCCAUUGUUUGUCUCAGUGUGUGGUCUCUCCACUGUUGAAUCCUUCCAUCCAAAACACUGUAAGCUUUUAAGACAUCCACAGCACCAUUUCAAGGACACACACUUGAUCCACAAAAGUGGAAAUGGUUGCUCUGGAUUUCAAUGUUAUUUUUUCCUGGAUAAAGAGGACUGUACACAUUCACGCCUCUGUAACUGCCCCCAUCCCCUUUCUAUAAUUUCACUUUGUUUCAUGGGUCACAUACAGACUGAACAUUCAAGAGUUUUUAAUGAAUCUUUUUUUUUUUUUAACUGGGCUACGUUACAGAAACCUUCAAACCGAAUGUUUCUUCGUUGCAAAAACACCAGCUAGGAGAUCAAAGUUCACAACCGUAUGGGAAUUGUUUUUAUUUGGAAAAAGAGAAUGCGUUGUAUUCAGCAGCGUGUUAAUUGGAACCGAACCAACGAAGACGAUAUUGCAAUAUAUUACAAAAGAAAUGUUAAUGAAAUGGAAUACCCACAUUGCCUAGUGACUAGUUCAUUUUAUAUAAAUCAAUUUAAAACAACUGUAAACCUAAAAUAAAAUAAAGGGUUUUCAGAACGAUUCUUUUUUUAAGCUUUAUUUUUGUUUCUAAUUUCAGAGCACCCUGAACUCUACAUUUGAAGUUAGAAACCAGCAGUAGGGAAUCUUGUGGGGGAACGAGUGCAGAAAAGUCAAGGUUUUAUCCCGACUGAUAGUGGCAUAGGGUUUCUUUUCUCGUCGUAUAGCACAAGUUCUCUGCCUACGUCAUCGGUGCUGACCUACGCCAGCGAUCUGGGUAAACUUACAACAUUAUGGCCUAUUAGACCUGCUCUUUUAGUUAUGUUUUAUCUAUUAAAGUUCUGUCCUGAAUCCAAACAUACUAAUACUAGAUAUAUACCCUAAGUACCAAAUGUUAUACUGUUACAGCAGUUUGUAUACGAAAACUGUCACAUCUCCCAUGUGAACUACAUACCUCCACCCUGGUUAAAGUUAGUAAAUAGGCUUGAGUUAUAGGAAACAUGUUCACAUUCGUCCAUGUUUUAAGUAAACCGUGCAACAUUAUUCUUUGUAUUUGCCUUCAGGCAGCAGAGAUCUGACAAUGUCAAUGACACCAGAUCCCAUGGGUUUGUUUUGUACCAAGUUUUCAGAAGGAUUACAAGUGUGAGUUUUUUUUUUGUUGUUGUUGUUUUUUUUGUCUCUCAUUGGAACAUAUGCAACCUACCAAGAAAACACAAACUGUUUUUAAAGGCAUAUUGUAUUUAUGGGAAUACUCAUUUUUGUCUUUCAUUUUGUUUUUUUAAAGAAAUAAGCCUGUUGUAUGUGUACAGUUUGAAUAAAAUCGAUCCGGUUUGUAAUGCA